AUGGCUGAUGAACUUGUUCAAGAUUGGGAGAGAUUUCGGCUCACGGAAGAAGAAAGUUCAAUUAUUGGGGAACCUUCGCAUGAUGAGGAGGUGGGGGCCUCAAAUAAUCGAAUUGAAUUGGCUCUGGUAGGAAGACUAUGCACAGUAAAACCGUUUAACAUUGCAGCUAUGAAGCGAACCUUAUCGAAUGUAUGGGGAUUGGAUGACAAUGUUGCAAUAAAAAUGAUCGAAACAAAUUUAUUUGUGUUCCAAUUCGUCAACGAGGAAGAUAAAAAUAGGAUACUUGGGGGUAUGCCUUGGUUUUUUGAUGGGAAGUUGCUGCUUCUUAAAGAGAUAAUCGGAGAUGAACAGCCUUCUGAGAUAGUAUUCGAUCGCGCUCCAAUGUGGGUUCGAAUUAUGGAUGUUCCAUUCAACAAAAGAAAUUUAUCUGUUAUGCGGGAGGUGGGUGACUCUCUGGGAGGUUUUGUGAAGAUCGAUGAUGCUGAUCCGCUUGGGUGGGGGGAGUUCAUAAGAAUUAAGGUGUUGGUUGAGGUGCAUAAACCCCUACGCAGAGGUGUAUUUCUCGCUGGUGGGAAUGGAAAGGCCAAGUGGGUGGAUAUCAAAUACGAGAGAUUAUCGGAUUUUUGCUUUUAUUGUGGUAUUCUUGACCAUACUGACAAGGAGUGCACUAAGAAGGAGGAGGAGGAUGAUAGUAGUACAGAAGUGGUGUACCAAUAUGGGCCAUGGCUUAGAGCAUCUCCGUUAAAAAUCUCACGGUCUAUGCAAUCUGAUAGAGAGAAGGAAAGGAGGUUGGUUGAGAAACUUGGCUCUAAGAAAGGUGGGGGUUCUAUCUCGUAUAAUAACCCAAGCACUAUUAAACUCGGACCGGUGAGUGCUGCACGUAAACUUAAUUUUCUAUCUUCACCCUUGAGUGAAAGAGACGUGUCACCGAAGCCUAGGGAGAUUCGGCUUGCUCUAGUUGCUGAUGAUCAAACUAACAAACUGGUUCUCAGACCAAGAAGGGUAGAGGAGGGUGUAAGGAGUGGAGAAUCUGGGAAGGUGGGGGAUGACCAGGCUUCUAAAUUGAUGGAGGGAGAGAAUGUGAGCUUACCAAAAAAUAUAAAUGUAGGGAAAGAGGGGAGGGAGACAUCAAAAAGAUCAGUGAUGGAAAGGAGCAGUGAUGAGAAGAUGGAAGGUGAGGAAAAUUCGGGGAAAAGAGUGAAGCUCAGUGAUAGUAUUCUUUCCGGAGACGGGUUAUAUCAAGUAGAGGGUCUUGGGGAUGCCCAAGCCCUCGAAAAGCAAUGA